AUGACGACCCUCGCCCUCACGAACGCUUGGCAUGAAACCAUGCCUCAAAUCGAGCGCAAUGAGCCCUUUCUGCAAAAUCUGGUGGAGUCGUUUAGAUCCUUGCUAGACGAGUCGCUCGUCACAGCCGUAGCAAACGACUAUGAGCUAUACACAAAAUCAGGCUUUUCUGCGGCUACUGAGGUCCUCCAGAGCCUGUCUCAGGAUGUCCCUGCGGAAGAAGAUAGCGGCUUCAACCCGAGCGGCGUCUCUGGCUGCCCCGACGGCGAUAGCCAGGGUACGAGGGACACGCGGACAGUCACUUCCGCGACUAGCACCAGCCAAAUGGUCUCUGGCAACCAAGACACAAGCUCCAUCAGCUCCGGAUCGACUCCUGAUCUGUCAGACAUAACCUGGGUAGAGCCACGGGUGACUUCAUUCAACAAUGAUAGCGUCGAGGAUAAGAUCCUGCAGCUCCAGGCCAUGUUUCCAAAGCUGAAGCAAUUCGACGUCCAGUACGCACUCAAGAAGUGCAACAAUGAUUUUCAGGCUGCCCUGGAGCAUCUCCUCAAUCUGCAGUACCUCGAGGAAACCGGCCAGCAAACCAAAGGUGUUGAUGGCUUUGUCCAGCUAGAGAAGCCCAAAAAAUACAAGGGCAAGGCCAAAGGGCGCAAAAGAAGAGAGCCCUCGCCAGACACAAGAAGCUCCGUUCCCGCAGAACUCAUCCGAGAAGCCAAUGAGCAAACAGACAUUGGCUACAUUGCAGAGCGUUUCAAUCUCACGUUUGAUUCCGUCUCGGAGACGUACUAUGACAACUUUUGCUCACCCCCGGCUACGGUUGUUGCCAUUCUGGACCAGCGACUCUCGCAGGAUCCCAACCUUGCAGACGAUGGCAACGACAAAGAAACUAUCGGCGUCCUGUCGCGCAAGUACAAACAAGUCCCCGAAAAGUAUCUCAAGGCCAUCGUCAGCGCGACCAACUGCAUCGCACCCUUCUCAGAGGACCUCGCCCAGCUCGUCAGCAAACACUACGCGCUUGCCCGGAAGAGUAAGGGCCAAAAGAUGGCGCUCGAGUCCAUCUUGAAGCCCCUUCCCCACGACCAGAUCGACGGGUCGUCAUCCCCCAACCGAUCGGGCUCGCCCCAGCGACCCGCGUGGCGCCUCGCCCCUACCAAGCCCGCCGCCGCCGCGUCCCCGCCCGUUGGCGUCGGCAGCUUUGCCGAGGCGCGCAAGAAGUCGCAGGCCCUCCACCAGGCGCAGCGCGAGGCCUCGGCCUCGGCCGCGCAGAUGCACCGCAAGGGGGCCUCUCACGGACUCUACCGCCAGGCGGCCGGCUACUACACCGAGCAGGCGCGCGAGCAUGCCCGCAGCGCCCGUGCGGCCACGUCGACGGCCGCCGAUCUCUUGGUCGACGAGCAGAGCUACGGGCGCACCAUUGACCUGCACGGUGUCUCGGUGCCGGACGGCACGCGCAUCGCGCGCCAGCGCACCGCCGCGUGGUGGCAGCAGCUGGGCGAGUACAAGGCUCAGGAGGCCCGAAUGAGCCCGCUGGUUGUCGUCACCGGGCUCGGCAGACACUCCGCAGGAGGUGUCUCUCAGUUGAGACGAGCGGUUGCGGCCGCGCUGAUCCAGGACGGAUGGAGGGUGGAGGUGGGCACAGGAAAUUUUACAAUCAGCGGUCGACGCUGA